UACUUUUCCCACUUUCCAACACUCUCAUCCUUUUCUUUUCUUCCACCUUUCUCCAGUUGAUGAGUUGAGUGAGUUCUCUACAUACAUGAAACACCCCAACCAGAACUCUCUCAAUUUCUCUCUCAUCAAUCAUCUCUCUCUUCUCCACAAAAUCACAGCCGUCCAUGAAGGGUUUCUGUGUUUGCCAGACCUCAAUCAUGGAAGAGUUUGAAGUGAACUGCAUACUCAGCCAAUCACGUGGUAACCUAUGAUCUGAAUUUUGCUUCUGAUUUCAUCUGAAUUUCAGGGAAAGUUAGGGGUUAUGAGUAAUUUGUAAACUUGGAUAAAUUCAAGUUUUAGUUUUUUGUGCUGUUUUGAGUAUUGGGUUCUGUUUAUUGAAUUUUGGGGUUUGAGGAGGUUGUGGGUUGUAUUAUUUUUGAACAAUAAUGGAACAAGAAUCACAGAAGAGGAAGCUUGAUGAGACUGGCAAUGAGGCCUCCAAGGCUCCGAUUAUGUGUGUGAAUAAUUGUGGGUUUUUCGGAAGUGAAAAGACUAAUAAUCUUUGCUCCAAGUGCUACAAAGAUUUUCUAUUAAAACAAUCAAAAACAGCAGCAGAUGAUACUGCGGUUGUGGGUAAAAAAGUUAGUGCUGGUGAUCAAGAUUUGGAGAAUAAACGCCAUGUUCAACAAGUACUAGAGGAAGUAAAACAGAGUCAAGUUGAAGAAGGAACCACUUCCGAGAACCCUGAGAAGCGACCUGCAAAUAGGUGCAACUUUUGUAGGAAGCGGGUUGGCCUUACUGGUUUUAAGUGUAGGUGUGGGCAGACAUUUUGCUCACUGCAUCGUUACUCCAACAAGCACAACUGCGUGUUCGAUUAUAAGAGUGCAGGCCAAGAUGCAAUUGCGAAAGCGAACCCUGUCGUUAAGGCAGAGAAAGUUGAUAAGAUACGUUGAUUAAUCCAAGGUGUGGGACUUGGGACUUGAGUGUCUGUUUGUCUUCAUUUACUAUAUGAAGUAUUGCAUAAUAUAUGUACAUGUUUUGCAUAAUAAGUUAAUGUUUUAAUAAGUAUUGCGUCAUGUGUAUAGUAUCUUGAUUGUAUUGUAGCUGAAUAAUGUUAGCUUUACAACAAUUUGGUUUAUUUAUAUCUAUGUGAUUUUAAUAUUCUUGAGAUUA